AUGCCUUCUCGUCCUUCAUCGCCACCAGCGUCUAAUAUGACUGUUGCUCGUAGCAAGAUUCCUCAAGCAUUGUCCACAAUCAACACAUCUUCAGACAUGUCUGGUCUACCAUCCCCUCUUUCAGCCAAAAGAGCAUCUAUGAAACUGUCUGUACAAUUGCAAUCUUUGUCCCUAGCUGAUUCGCCUGCUUCGCCCUUUUCGCCAUUGUUAACGCCGCAACUACCUUUUAGAUUGUCAACUCAAGCCACAGCUCCAAAUUCAACAGUAUUCAGAUCCUUUGAAGCUACUCCAUCCCCAACAUUGAAUCCGGCUCCUUCACCCACCCCUCCUCACCAUAUUGAUGUGUGCAAAUCUACUACCUUUUUCGCUCCUACUGGUACGAAUCUCCCUGCUACCGGUGUCUCGCAGAAACUUCGAGAUUGCCUUGAUCGCCAAGCCCGGGUUGCAAAAACUCGAUGGACGAAUACAUUGGGCACUCCCAUCUCAUGGUCUGCUCUAUUCUCCUUUGUUGACCAUGCUUCCAGAACCCCAUUUGAAUCUCAAUUAUAUUGGAAACUUUUGGCCCGUCGUCUUCCCGUGAACCAAUAUCUGCGUACUAUAAAACAACCAGCAGCUUCUCCCGAGCUUGAAAAGUCUGAGCAGUCAGUCAUCUUUCGUGGCUGCUCUCGAUGCGAUUCUGAACUCGAGUCGAUUGAACAUGUAUUUUUUGAAUGUCCACCAGUCAGGGCUUUUUGGAGUAGGUUUCGUAUCUUGUUUGGUGCCAUUGUCAGCAUGAGUGGUCUUGAGCUACCCGAGAUCACUCUGUGUGAUGUGGUGCUCUUUUUUCCAGAUCUGCGUUCCGCUCUUUGUGCUGAAGAGUUGCAUGUAUUACAAGUCAUGCACUCUGUUGCUUUGUGGUCGUUGUGGGGUGCACGCACCAUGCCAGCAGGCAAUCAUAUGCUAUGGCAGUCCUUUACAAACCGACUACAGGCUCGUAUCUCUGUUGAAUAUGAUGCUGCCUUGCUAUCUCGAACAGAGGCAGAUGCCUUUUCAGCCUCUUUGCUUGGAAACAGUUUGAGAGGCUCAUAUACAUACUCGCUGGGCUCUACUGAAUUACAGGAUGAUUCCUCUUCUACUACCCCGUCCGUUGUAUCUUUGCAGUCUUCUGGAUGCAAUGCUGCACAUUCUUCCCUUCGUGACCUGCGUCGCUAUCGGGUUUCGUCAGCAAACUCUGCCCUGACCACAACUUACGAACCCAAUACCUCUACACAUUCAGCUACUUCUAAUAUUGCAUGCACACCUGUCAAUACUGUUGCUGGAUUCAUUUCUACGUGGUGCUCUGGAACAUAUUCCACCAUCUCUGUCACUCCCCAAGGUCUUCACUUUCAACACUCGGUAUUACCUGUCAAUACAGUUUGA